AUGGCGGAGACUGAAGUCAAGUGUGCGGAUGACCUCGAGAAACAUGUAAUGAAGGUUUUCGAGGAGGCCACCAAAGACUGUGAGGACAAGGAAUUAAAUGAGAUAUUUGACAUGAUUAGGAACUAUGACGACCUUAACGAGUAUGCAAUAUCGGUGUUCAAUUCCAUGGCAAAUGACAAGUUUAUUGAGGUAGCUAGAGAGCUCUUUAAGCCUCGCUCUGAGUCGACUGCCGUACUGCCUGAUGUGGCCAUCUACACCGUUGUCAUUUGGGCCUGCAUCUCUGCCGGCAAGAUCAUGGCUGCUCACAGGGUCUACCACCACAUGAUAGCCAACGGUGUCGCCCCCACCUCCUGCACUUACAUUAUUCUCAUCAACACACUUGCAACAAACUCAUCUUCUGAUGUCAGUUUUGUUGGGUAUGCCAAGAAGUAUUUUUUGGAAAUGUUGGAUAAGGGGAUGACGCCUAUUUCGUCCUCCUACAUGGCCGUCUUCAAAGCCAUUGCUCGCCAGGAGCCGGUGGAGAAGGCCAGGGAGUUCCUUGAGCAGAUACAAACAAAGGGGUUCAGCCCUAAGUUGGAUGUUCCUCACUUUGAUGUGGCCUACAUGGAAGAAGCAAUGAAUGCGUUGAAGAUGUCUGAUGUUCUUAUCAACGCCACCACUGACAACAAGUUGCAAAAACUCUACCGUGAGUGGAGCACCACCCGCAAACCCCUCAGGGAUGAGUUUCCGAAGAUGUACAAAGCCUUGAAAGCCGAUGGCAAUGAUGACCAGGCCAUGGAGCUCUAUAGGCGCGCUUGGGAUACAAACAUAAUUCCAGAGCUACUGGGGUUGCCCCUGUAA